CCAAACGCCAUUUCGACUCUCUCUCUCUUUCUCUCUCUCCCCUUCUCCUUCUCCUUCUUCUCCUUCUUCUCAGACAAGCUCUCCAUUUCCAUUGGUUUCCCUCGACGGGAGGAGGUUUUGGAGUGUGAGGUUUCCUAAGGGGAAGAAUGGGGAAAGUAGUCGGGUCGAAGAGGGACUACGAGGAGUGCCGUCGCCAGAGGAUGGAAGAGAACAAGAAGAGGAUGGAGGAGCUCCGCCUCAACAAGCUCGCCGCCGCCCUCACCGCCACUUCCCCCAAGUCCACCCCAGUGAAGCAGAGCAAGAUGCGGACUCCUCGAAGGCAGCCGGAGCCCUGCUCCGAGCCCGUGAGGCGCUCCAGCCGCACCGCCAACAAGCCUGCUCCUAACUACAAGGAAGUAAUUGAAAUCAACCCUUCGGAAAGAGUGAGGAGUAGGAGCUACUCGCGAAGAGACCUGUUGAACAGGGUAUAUGCUUCUGAUACGAUAAGGACAUAUGCCAUUGAGAGAGCAGAGCAACUUCAAUCCAGCUUAGAUGCAGAGUUACCAAGCUUUAUCAAGCCCAUGCUUCAGUCCCAUGUCACAGGAGGCUUUUGGCUAAGCCUUCCAUAUAACUUCUGCCACAAGCAUAUCCCUCACCGGGAUGACACUGUGACUCUCGUGGACGAGGAUGGAGAAGAGUUCGAGACGAAGUAUCUCAUUGACAAGAAUGGCCUUAGUGGCGGGUGGAGAGGUUUCUCCAUUGCUCAUGAUCUUGUCGACGGAGAUGCUCUGGUGUUUCAACUGAUCCAGCCAUUGACGUUUAAGGUACACAUCGUCAGAGCCUAUGAAUCAGAGGAGAAGGAAGCGGGAGUCGCUGAAGGGGAGGACGAGGAGGAAGCAGAAGAUCGUGGAAAGGAGAAGAAAGCCGAAGUCCGGAAAGAGGAGAAAAGGGAAGCAGAUGUCAAAUACUUAACAAGAAGCGCCAAACGGAUUCGAGCAAGUAGAAAGUGAACAGGAGUGCAACGCGUUCCUGGUAUGCGCUCGGGCAUUGAUUGUCAUGGGAGCAGUAUGUAUCAGUAGUAUUCUAUCUGAAAUUAACAGCAACAUGCUUGUGUUUUGCACCAUCAAAGUUGUACAAGACGCAUCUUUCAUUGUGUCUGAAACAUUCUAAGUUAUUUUGCGGUUAAUCA